UUCUUUUUUCUUCUUUUUUUUUUUUUAAUUUGAGGAAAGGAAUAUUCUUUCGCGAAUCCCCCGAGCGUCUCAAAAAGUCGUUAACCAAUCGAAUAAAAAUAAAAUAAUUGUGCUAAGGAAGAAGAAGUUAAAGCGCGAGAUUCUUUGUGCGCUGCGCUUAAUUUCUGUUCUAAGCACCGCUAAAAAAUAAGUUCUUUCCUUCUUUCCUUUACGAGAGAGGAGGCAAGGAUAACCCCCGUUUAAAGAAGAAGAAGCAGAAGAAGAAGAAUGGAGGAAGAAAAGGCAAAGAAGAGCUCGAGGACAGUAGAGGCAGCAGCAGAGGAGGAGAAGGAGAGGCCAGUUCGAGUAUAUGCAGACGGCAUCUACGAUCUCUUCCACUUUGGCCAUGCCCGUUCUCUCGAGCAAGCCAAGAAACUGUUUCCAAAUACGUAUUUGGUGGUUGGAUGCUGCAAUGAUGAGAUGACUCACAGAUAUAAGGGUAAAACUGUGAUGACUGAUCAAGAACGGUACGAGUCUCUUCGCCAUUGCAGGUGGGUUGACGAAGUUAUCCCUGAUGCACCAUGGGUUAUCACCCAAGAGUUUCUCGACAAGCAUAGGAUCGACUAUGUGGCUCAUGACUCUCUUCCUUAUGCUGAUGCAAGUGGGGCCGGAAAGGAUGUUUAUGAAUUUGUCAAGUCUGUUGGGAGAUUUAAGGAAACAAAACGGACUGAUGGGAUCUCCACUUCUGAUAUUAUAAUGAGGAUUGUUAAAGAUUAUAAUGAGUAUGUGAUGCGUAAUUUGGCACGUGGAUAUACAAGAAAAGAUUUGGGUGUCAGUUAUGUGAAGGAGAAGCGACUGAGAGUUAACAUGGGGCUUAAAAGGUUCCGUGAGAAAGUGAAGAAACAGCAAGAGAUAGUCGGGGAAAAGAUACAAGUAGUUGCAAAAACUGCCCGUGUGCAUCGGAAUGAGUGGGUGGAGAAUGCUGAUAGAUUGGUUGCUGGAUUUCUUGAAAUGUUUGAAGAACGUUGUCAUAAAAUGGGAACAGCUAUCAGAGAGCGAAUUCAAGAGAAACUGACAAAGCAGCAGUUGAUAGGUCUUAUGUAUGAUAGAUACGAUGGUGAUAGUGAUGAGUACUACUACGAUGAUGACUCUGGAGAAGAAUACAGUGACUAGGACAAACAAAGAGCUUCUUUGUUUAUUUAAUUACUAUUGUUGGGCAUUGAUACUGAGUUUUGGUGUUUUAGAAGAAGUAGGUAGACGAUUUCAGCUUGGGAGAUGGAACAUUGUUUGCAAAAUGCGUGCAGACCAUAAUUUGAGCUGGACCCUCCGUGUUUAAACAAGGGUGCAUUUAA